GAGCGACAAAGCCACCACGAAAAGCUUGCUGAACGACAAGCGCCUGGUGCAGGAGCAGAGGGAACGCUACAACCAAUACUCCGUCAUUGUUGAGGAGGUGCCCGUGGUGAGCGGGGAUCGCCUCUUCUCCCAGGAAGACUACGAGGACGAAUACGACGACACCUAUGACGGCAACCAGGUGGGAGCAAACGAUGCUGACUCAGACGACGAGCUGAUCAGCAGAAGGCCGUUCACCAUCCCUCAAGUCCUGAGGCCCAAAGAAGAGGAGGAGCAGGAGGAGGAGGAGGAUGAAGAAGAGGCGAUGGAGGAUAGAGAGGCAACAAAGGAUCACUUCAUUCAAGAUCCAGCGGUGCUGCGGGAGCGAGCCGAGGCCAGGCGGAUGACCUUCCUGGCAAGAAAAGGGCAAAAGCCAGAUAACUCCGUAGCUGCGACGGGCGUUGCCAAGGGCCGCGGCCAAAGCCGAGAGACAGUCCAGGAGCGACGGAAGAAAGAAGCCAGCAAGGGGACGAGGGCGAAUCACAACAGACGCGCAAUGGCCGACCGGAAGCGGAAUAAAGGCAUGAUCCCGUCUUGAAACAGUGGCGCGCCAGGGAGGUGUGUUUGGAACUGCUCCUUUUUCAGGGAGGUCCCCCCCCUGCCCCCCCCAGGAGAAAGAGAGAGAGAGACUUUUGCAAAGAUUAUUUACCUAGGGCGGGAAGCAGAAAUCCACACAUAAGAACAGGCGAUUGCAGACCUGGCAAUAGGGCUGCGUUGAGCAACUUGUGGACAUUGUGCGUUGUUGAGAAAUGCUUUUCUUUAAACGGUCCCUCCGGAAACUUUCGCUGUUUUGAGUUGUCCUAUAGGUUGCCUCUGUCAGGGCUGCCUCAAUCUGAUCUCGUAGGAAAGUGAAACCCUCGACUCCCAUUUGAUUGAAGGGGAAGGGCACUUUAACUAAGAGAUGCUGAUUACAGGAGAAUCAGGUAGAACCUGAAGUUCCUGCACACCCAGACAGACAGAACCCCCUGGUGUUCCCCCUAACCCUGCCCCCAUAGCGCCCCCCCUCCCCCUUGUGUAGCCAAUCCAGCACCACUGAGAUGUUUUGGGAAACGCUGGUGUUUGAGCUGGCGAGACUCCACUCUCAGGGUAGACGGGCCUUGAAGAUGCCAGGAGGCCAACACGAACUGGAUUCUAAACCCCUCUGUUCUUCAACUGUCAACCCCCCCCUCCCCAAUUUCCCAUCAUAAAAAGUAUACCCAUUUCCCUCUCCUUUCUCCGAUUGAUGGCAGAGCACCAGUCCUGCUAAGAAGCCAGCUGCCUUGCUGGAUCACGUUUCUUCCUUUGGGGGGUCUUUCCUAGCAGAGUGAAACUUCCACCUCCACUUGACAUUGCACUGCAAAAUGUUGGCUUCUGGUGGUCUUAAUUUGCAAGCCCCGUGGCGAGAUGGUCAGCAAAUAAAUACAUUUCAAGUGUGA